AUGCAGAGCGACAAAAAGAAAUACCAACGGCUGAUAGAGUGCGAUGAGUUAGACAUUGACUUGGCGCGGGUACUUAUAAGGAAGAAAGGGAUAGUGAAAGGGACACCACAUGAGGGUGACAUACGACGACGGGUGUGGGGGGUGUUCUUAGAGUUUUUGCCAUGCGACACAACUGUAUGGAAAGAGCGAGUUGAGACGUAUACACAACAAUAUCAAAAUUUUGUGAACGACUUUUAUUACAACGUGAAAUUUCCAAAGACGGAAAUCUUGUCGAUUUUACAAAAAGACACGCCACGAAUAUUUCCUGAGGUGCAAUUUUUUAAAGAUGAAGAUGUCAUAGAAGCCAUCCAACGUAUUUUAUUUGUGAAUUGUGUCUUCAACAAAACAUUACAAUACGUCCAGGGGUGGCAUGAAAUUUGUGCGAUGAUGUAUUAUGUAUUUUCGAAUGGUCAAAGUGAUAAAACUGAAAGUGAAGCGAUGACCUAUUUUGGGUUCACGACGUUUGUGUUAAUGUUUAGAGAUUGGUUUGAUAAGGAUUGUGAUGACCAAGUAUUCGGGAUAAGGGAUUGUUUCAGAGGAAUAGAUAUUGUGUUACAAAUGAUCGAUAAAGACUUUUUUAUGUUUUUAAAGAAGAAUCAAAUAGAGUCCGAGUGUUAUGCAUUUCGAUGGAUUUCGAUCUUUUUUAUUGACAAUUUUUCCUUUGAAGAUUCUUUAAGAAUAUGGGACGUAUUGUUAUGCGACUUCUGUAAGAAAAGUGAUAUCUGCUUGACUAUCAAAUGCGUGGCAACAGCUAUGGCUGUCUAUAAAAGAGACGUUUGGAUGAAAAAGGAACCGAAUGAAGUACUACACCAACUCAUGAACGUGUGCCCAACGGCAGAUGAAAUCCUUGUAAAAGCAAAUAAAUUUAAAAAAAACUCACAGAAGUUUAAAUUCUAG